UAAAGCUUGGCGUGACUCCUAGUACACCAAAAAACGAUUCAUUUGCAAUUCCAUUAAUACUUACGUAUACUUAUGACCUGUCGUAUACAUCCGUACUAGUGUACAGUAGCUCUACGGUGUAUUUUGCUGUACAUUAAUAACAAGAUUAGCAACGACCUACUGAGACACAAGACGACGGCUCUGUGUCAGUCAGUCGGUCCUCAAAAUUUCACGGCUAGGAAAAAGAAUCAACAAAAUGGACCGAUCGCAUAGGUCUGCUAGGCUUUAAUCGUAUUAUGAGUGACAGCCUAAUUUAGUCUAGCACCAUGUCCGCCGAAGAGGAACCAUCGUAUUUGAAACGGCGUCGUCGUGAGGAAACUCCCGAAAAGGAUAGCGAUGACGACUACGUGCCAUACGUACCAGUGAAGGAGCGACGUAAAGGACAAUUAGCCCGUCUUGGUCGUGGAGUUGUCCUGAAUGAAGAUUCGAGUAGUCAAAAAACAGCGAGUCAAACAGAGGAUAGCCAGGAUGAUGAGGGACCGAUUGUGCAUCGACCCAAUGUAUCACUACUCGACCAGGCGCAGGAACUUAAAAAAAAGGCUGAAUUGCGCAAAGAAAGUGCGAUGGAGAAGCAGCUCAGAGAAGAAGAAAAAAUUCUUGAAUCAGUAGCCGAAACGCGUGCACUCAUGGGUGUUGCUGAAUUGGCCAAAGGUGUUGAGUACACUGAUCCGAUCAAAACUGCUUGGAGACCGCCACGCUAUAUUGCCGCCUGGCCCCCAGAGAAGUGCGAUCGAAUUCGGGAGAAGUGCCGUAUCCUCAUUGAAGGCGAAAAUAUACCGCCUCCUAUUCUGAGCUUUAGAGAGAUGAAAUUCCCUCGAGCUAUUCUGAGUGCACUUAAAAAACGAAACAUCAAUAGGCCAUCACCUAUACAAAUUCAGGGUCUACCGACCGUGUUAUCAGGUAGAGAUAUCAUUGGUAUUGCUUUCACAGGUUCUGGUAAAACGCUGGUCUUCGUAUUGCCUUUGGUAAUGUUUUGCUUAGAACAAGAAUUAAAAUUGCCCUUCCAGAGCCAAGAAGGCCCUUACGGACUUAUCAUCUGCCCGUCUCGCGAAUUGGCGAAGCAAACCUAUGAAAUUAUCGAACAUUUUUUUAGCUAUCUAAAAAGCGAAGGACGCUUCCCACGAAUGCGAGCCUGUCUGUGUAUUGGUGGUACCUCUGCCAAGGAACAGAUAGACGUUAUACGAAAAGGUGUGCAUAUUAUGAUAGCUACUCCGGGCCGUUUAAUGGACAUGCUCAAUAAGAAGCAAGUAAACUUGAACAUCUGUCGUUAUCUCUGUCUGGACGAGGCCGAUCGUAUGAUUGAUAUGGGAUUUGAAGAAGAUGUACGAACUAUAUUCUCUUAUUUCCACGGACAACGUCAAACUCUUCUGUUCUCGGCUACUAUGCCGAAGAAGAUUCAAAACUUCGCGCGUUCUGCCCUAGUUCAACCAAUAACUAUCAACGUGGGCCGGGCCGGUGCCGCUUCCCUCAACGUCACGCAAGAAGUUGAGUACGUGAAGCAGGAGGCGAAGCUUGUACACAUUCUUGAAGCUCUGCAGAAAACACAACCUCCUGCACUAAUUUUUGCGGAGAAGAAGCAGGAUGUUGAUUCUAUCCACGAGUAUCUCUUGUUAAAAGGUGUAGAAGCCGUUGCUAUUCAUGGUGGCAAGGAUCAAGAAGAACGUAGUCGCGCCGUGGAUGCAUUUCGUGCCGGCAGAAAGGACGUGCUCGUAGCAACCGAUGUAGCUUCAAAAGGACUCGAUUUUACCGAUAUUCAACAUGUAAUUAACUUCGACAUGCCUGAGGACAUUGAAAACUACGUACACCGUAUCGGUCGUACGGGCCGUUCAUUUAACAAGGGUCUAGCAACAACAUUCGUUAAUCGCAGUGUUGAACUUCCGAUUCUGCUUGAUCUCAAACAUUUGCUGCUCGAAGCCAAACAGCGAAUUCCAGAUUUCUUGGCACAAUUGGAGUCUGAUACAGAAAAAUAUCUUGUCGUCGGUGACGAGCGCGGCUGCAGUUAUUGUGGUGGUUUGGGUCACCGUAUCACUGAUUGUCCUAAGCUCGAAGCCAUCCGAAGCAAGCAAGCGUCUUCUGUUGGCCGUAAGGAUUUCCUCGCUAGCGGCGCAAAGGAUUGGUAGACAGAUCCGGGAUCUUGAUCCAAUCAUGAUUGACACAGAUACUUUCUCCUUACUCAAAAUCGAGAACGUAGUAGUUGCGAUCUGCCAUUGUAUGUACUGUCUAUACUUAUGAAGACAAUGGUUACAUUUUUGUUGAUUGAAAUUUUGUUCAAUCUUGGUUUCGAGUCAACUCUUAUAACACGUUAUUAACUUAUUCUUACCAUGUAGUAAGUAAAUAUUGUAUAUAAUGGUAAUACGAAUCAGAAUAGGGUAGUAUGUAUAAAACAAUAAACCGUAUUACGAUGUAUAUACUACCAAA